UUGGUUCCCUGGACCGCUGGGACACGUUAAGCAAACUGAUUGGUCAGUUAGUUCGAACGGGAGAUUGACGGAAAUGUUGUGGAGGCUGAAGCUGUCCAUCCCGGGCGGGGCGGAGCCUCUGCGCUGGGUCGGCGAGGGCAGACCAGGAUGAAGGCCCUGAUCUUGGUGGGGGGCUAUGGGACCCGAUUGCGGCCUCUGACGCUCAGCAUCCCCAAGCCGCUUGUGGAGUUCUGUAACAAGCCCAUUCUGUUGCAUCAGGUGGAGGCCUUGGUGAAGGCAGGUGUAAACCAUGUGAUACUUGCGGUCAGUUAUAUGUCAGAACUGCUGGAGAAGGAAAUGAAAGAGCAGGAACAAAAGUUGAACAUACAUAUUUCCCUGUCACAUGAGAAGGAACCACUGGGCACGGCUGGCCCACUGGCACUGGCUCGGGAGCUACUGAAUGAGAAUUCUGAGCCUUUUUUCGUACUCAACAGUGAUGUGAUCUGUGACUUCCCAUUUGCAGACAUGGUGCGCUUCCACAAGCAUCAUGGCAAAGAGGGCACCAUUGUGGUGACAAAGGUGGAAGAGCCGUCAAAAUAUGGGGUAGUGGUGUGUGAAGCUGAUACUGGGCGCAUACACCGCUUUGUGGAGAAACCCCAGGUUUUUGUCUCCAAUAAAAUCAAUGCUGGCAUGUACAUCUUCAACCCCAGUGUGCUAGAAAGAAUCCAGCUGCAACCUACCUCAAUUGAGAAGGAAAUCUUCCCAGUGAUGGCAGAGCAAGGACAGCUUUAUGCUAUGGAACUACAGGGGUUCUGGAUGGACAUUGGCCAACCUAAAGACUUCCUGACUGGCAUGUGCAUGUAUCUGCAGUCUCUGCGGCUGAAGCAGCCAGAACGGCUGCAUUCAGGCCCAGGUUUUGUGGGGAAUGUACUUGUGGACCCAACUGCCAAGAUUGGAGCAAACUGUAAUAUUGGUCCCAAUGUCACAAUUGGAGCAGGUGUGGUGAUAGAGGAUGGAGUUCGGAUCAAGCGUUGCACUGUUCUGAAAGGAUCACGCAUCCGUUCUCAUUCUUGGCUUGAGUCCUGCAUUGUUGGCUGGAGCUCCUCUGUAGGCCAGUGGGUACGGAUGGAGAACGUGACCGUGCUUGGUGAAGAUGUCAUUGUGAAUGAUGAACUCUACCUCAACGGUGCCAAUGUGCUACCUCACAAAUCCAUCGCCGAGUCAGUGCCAGAGCCACGCAUCAUCAUGUAGCCAUUCUGGGAUUUGAGCGCUGGACCAGCCCCCUCAAGGCCCUGCCUGUGUUAUCCUGAAUUGGGGCCAUCCCCACUCUGUGCCUUGGCAGCAGAGGGAUCUUUGGAGUGAAAUACUUACUUUGCCCCUGCUGCUGAACCCUCAGCCCUUUUUUGUAGGUCCUGCAGAAAAGCAAACCAGGACCAAGAUCUGCACAAGAUGGUUGGGACCUUCAGAUGUGUUGCUGGCUCUGAGCUUGUUGUCCUGCAAAAGCUAGGAUGCACGCUUUAGCAUGGAGAGUGGCUGUGAGCAAGAGAUAGACACUGCAGUAAUUAGACUGCAAAGACAACAGAUUCAGGUGAGGCCUGUGGAGGAGAAUGAGCAGCAUGUUAUGCUGUUAUACCAGGAUGGCUCUUACUUCUCAUGGGGAAGUCUGAAUGCAGUCUUUUCCCAGUAUUUCUUGGGAACUCUGUUGCCUUACAAAGACUGAAGCCCUUUUGUUCAAUAUGGCCAAUAAUCACUAAUAGUAUUAUUCAAAGUCGGGACAGGGUGCUGUCCACUACUGAAAACAACCAAUUAUAUUGUAACGAAAAAUAA